GCCCCAGAAAACACCAACGCUCCCCUGCCAUCUCACCUCGACCACGAAGAAAAGUGCUGCAAAGGAUAACGGGAUAUUAUCAACGAAUAAUGGGCGAUUACUACCGUGGAAGAGAAGAAGGUCGCGGAGGAGGCAAGGGAGGUGGAGGAGGGGGGAGACGUUCUCAGAAGAGACGUCACAGAGGUUGGUUACUCCGUAGCUGCACACUCACCCGGACACCAACAGAUGCUAAUGCAUCCAUAAAGAGGACGACGACGAAGAUAAAGAAUAUCGACGCUCGCGUCCGUAUGAGAGGGAGGAUCUGGCCUCUAGAUUGAGAAGGGACACCAUUUCAAUCGCAGAAUCGGUUUGUCUUCUGACCAUAAUUUCUGUCCCGAUUGCUGACCAGAUCCUUAGCCUCUGACCAAAAUUGAAGACACCAUCAACCUCAUCGCAAAUACUUUCGCCUCAAAUUACGAUAACGAGGAGCUCCGUAACACUUUCCUCAAUACCCUGCUCUCUCUGUAUGUCUCCUUGGGCCGGUAGCUUGGGAAUUGUUAUUCUGCUGACGCGUUACAGGGUUGUUGAGCAACCCUUCAAGAUUCCUUUCCUCGCGGCCGCUGUUCUUGUCAUCAAUUCGCAGAAUCCCGAAGCCGGGAAGUUGAUCCUCGAUGAAUUUGGAAAGGCUGCACAGGCAUAUCUUACUGAGGGAUUCCUCACCAGUGCAAAGCUUGUAUUGCGCUUCCUCGCCGGGCUUCAGGGGAUGGUGGAAGGCGAUGGAUUGUACCUUGUGCUGGGCAGUAUAGUGGAUCAGGCUGCUGGUUAUCUUGUUGUGGAAGAAGUGGUUAGUUGCUCGCCUCUCUCCCUGCCUUCCUCCCUCCCUUCACUACAUUUCUAACUCUGAAUAGGGACUGGCCUUGGAUUUGGUGUGGAUUGCAUUAAUAACGGUUCCAUACAUUCUUGCCUCGCCAAAAUCCGACAGUAGCUUUGCCAGCGAGCUUCUGAAAAAGACAAGCUCUAUCACUGAGGUCAAGCACAGGAUGCAGUCACUGCUAAGUCCAUUUACGGGAGGAUAUGCUCCUUACGACGCAAGAGCCCAAGGAACUCAUGUGAGCUAUAACUAUGCGCCUUCUCUCACCACAAGCUGAUAUUUGACAGAAUGCCCGGAUACUUCAAUUGUCUCUGGAAUCAUACUUGGGAAGUGAGCCAAGUAAACCCUUCCAUGGUGUAGGCUGUCUGCCGAGGCCAUACGAAUCUUUUCUCCCGGAGCUUGAAGGGGCCACCAAGCACCCCAUGCCCGAAAUCACGUUGCCCUCAGAUUACCCAGUCGACAAGAGUUCUAUCAUGCCCAAUGUCUACUUCUCUGUGUUUGCAGACCCAAAUGUUGAGGUGCGCGCCUUCCAGGUUUGACCGGGGCUGAUCAUGACUAAUAAUUAGAAGACUGUUCCCCCGCCCCUAGAGCUUGCUUCGACGCUGUUCCGUGAUGCGAUUGUUGACACGAUAGAUACGCUAGACUGUAAUCGUCUUGUGGUAUCCCGGUUUUUGAUCGAAAUUGAUUGCUACUUUUCACCUAAUGCCUUUAUAAAACGGGCUGUUCCCUUCGACAGAGUUAUCGAGACGGCUGGCCCCGAGGGAUCUACAUGGAAACCGGAGGAUGUAGCUGUGGAUGCCAUCUUCAGCCAACUUUACAAGCUCCCUGGGCCAAAUCACAAGUUGGUUUAUUAUCACUCUAUCCUUACAGAACUCUGUAAGCUCGCACCCGCAGCCGUGGCACCCUCUUUGGGCAGAGCGAUUAGGUUCAUGUAUAAGAACCUUGAGUCCAUGGACACUGAACUAAUCUACCGGUUUGUUGACUGGUUCUCUCAUCAUCUUAGCAACUUUGGAUUCACCUGGAAAUGGGCUGAGUGGUUUGUAUUCGACUGAGUUACGCUUCGGAACCUACCAUAACUAAUUAGGAUCUUAGGAAUGAGAACCUCACUUUGCCAGAUGUCCAUCCCAAGAAAGCAUUCAUUCUUGGGGCACUUGAAAAGGAAAUCCGACUUAGUUUUGCUACUCGAAUUAAGGGCACAAUUCCAGAUCCAUAUAAGGAGCUUAUCUCAGAAGCUAAGGAGAAAGAACAGCCGCACUUCAAGUAUGAUUCUGAAGGUAUAAGUCAUCUCUAACCACCCCGUAUCUAGUUGGCAGAUGCUAUAGGCGGUUUACUGACAGUCCCCCAGACGAGCCAUUCUGCAAUGAGGCCAAAGAAGUCCUCCACGCAGUAGCAGACAAGAAGGAAGAUGCAGAAGUUGAUGCCAUCCUUGCCAAAAUUGUCGAACUAGCCAAGGAGAGCGGUGUUGCAGACCCUCUAUUUGUCGCACGUGAUGCAUAUGUUACCGCGAUCUGCCAUAUCGGUGCAAAAUCGCUAUCCCACGUAUUGAGUUGUAUCGAGCGCUGCAAGGAAAAGCUCCUGGCCAUAGGGAACGAGUCCCUAGAUGCCAGGCGUCAGAUUGUCGGCUCAGUGCUAAGCUAUUGGGAAGACCAGCCAGGUAUUGGCGCAAAUGUGGUCGACAAGCUCCUUAAUUACUCCAUUGUAACUCCCUUGUCAGUUGUCGAGUGGGUUCUCCACGACGCUGGGAAUAAGGCCCUAUCACACACCCAUGCCUGGGAAAUGGUCUCGACCACAAUAAACAAGGUCAAUACCAGAGUCCGACAGAUGGUCGCGGCAAGGCAAGUGAUGUCUAUCAACGAUUACACAGAGGAGCAGCUAGCUGUCUACGCUCAGACCCUGAAUGCCGCAGAAAUCGAGCAGGGCGUGCUCCUGAGUGCUGUUACGGACGCCCUGACGGCCAUGUCCGACAGCUCGGAUGAGAUGAAUGGUGGCAUAGACGUCGAGAGCAAGGCUUGGAUGCAGUGGUGGGCCAAGGGCUGGCUGCGAGCAUUCAGCAGGAAGUUUGGCGUUGCGGAAGGGACGGUAGUAGAACAGCCGGUUGCCGAUGGCGGACCCUCCACCAGGCUGGAUCCGGACGACAUGGAUACCAUGUGAUUCCAAACGGGGAGGGUCCCUUGGCUUGACGGGUGUAUUGGUUUCUGUAUGAUAUGCUGGCGGUACCAUUCGAGUCUUUUGUAAUCGCAGGCCCCGGUGAAAUCUGCUUGGGUCAUUCAUUGGUGAUAAAGUUUGAAUUUGUUUUACCAGUCAUCUUUUUUCUUCCUUCCGAAGAAAACUCAAAAUCAAAAAUCAAAAUUACACGAGUGAUUGCUUGUGGCUGCUCUAGAGAUAUAAUUUAUUUAUUUCAUCCGUUGGCUUGACCGCAUGGCUGGUGAAUCCGAGGCACCUAUUAUUAUUGAUACACGCUGAAUUACUAAGAAAAGCGUGUUACUGUGUCGUGUAAUCAUAAAACGAUGCUUGAGAGGAAAAUGAGGAAACGAAAGUUGUCACAAAGAACUAGGUAUGCACCACUGUCUAGGGCCUCCGUCUCUGGCCAUCAGCAAUUCCCCCAGAGAGAUCAACGUCAUCCGCCCCCUCGCCGGGCCUCGAUUGCUCCCUCGUCGUCCGCUUUCUGGGCCAUAGCGAGGGCAGGACGAUCUGCUGAAACUUGGGCUCCACACACCUCUCGUCAAUCCAACUAUGCAAACGGCCCUCGACAAGCUGAGCUAUCUUCGGAACAUCCUGCAACCUAGAUCUAGACCCCACAAGACUGCUCACGGCAAUCUCAAGCCUAUAAUCAUCCAGAAAACUAAACGCAAGUGUAGUGCUCCCAGCCAAAUUCUCCGGCGAAGGAAUGAACGAAAUCGACAACGUUCCCGAAAACCGAACAAUCGAGACGGCCAGAGCAACCGGCAACACCGCAACCAAAGGCUUUGGCCAGUUCAACAGUAGCUUCGUUUCGACUCCUAGAGUGAUCAAAUCGCUGAGAUCGACGUCCAUCCUCGCCUGUAGCUUCCCGGGUUCAUCAUCACUCGGCGAGAUCCUGCAAUUGGAAAAGAUGGGAAAGUCCUCGCCGAGCGAGACCUCCGUCACCCGGAUCGAGUCCAGGAAGUCUGGCUUCUGCGGGGCGUUCAGGAGGUUAUCCAGUGACUUCAGGAUCGCGUCAUCGGUGCGAGCGUCCUCGCGGAACUGUGCUAGCGUCUGGGCGAUGAGCACGUUGAACCAGUCAAGGGAUUCGGGCUGGUGGGAGCGGACAUCGUAGUACGUCUUUGAUAGGAUUGUCUCGGUGGAUUGCGACGGGGGGUCGCGGAGGACCGAGGAGCGCUUUUUUCGCAGAUGGGAUUGGCUCCGGGAGUACUUUUGGGGGGCGGGAGGCUUUGCGUAGAUGCUCUUCGAAGUGGAGUCGGGCGAAUCACCGAAUAUGAAGAAUUUUAUAAAGCAGCCGAGGGUUAGGAUUACGAACAGUUGGCCCAAGAGGAGGCCUUGAAUGAAGGACCAGCUUUUUGGGAGACGAUUGUUAGCCCAGAUUCAGGCGUUGAAGGUCGAUAAGAGCUGGGUAUCGUGGAGAGAGGAGGAGGUACCUAGAACAUUGCUUCGUUGUCAGAGCAAGGUAUUCCGAUAACGGAAGCUGUAUGUGGCCUCC